AUGGCCGAUUUAAUUGCCUUUCAAACAUACCAUCAUAGUAAUCUUCUUCCACCGUCCUCGACCAUGAUUCCGCGCCACGCCCAUAAGCGGUCUCUGUCCUCCGAGCAUCGGGCCCUCUCCCCCGAUAGGACUGUGAUCAAAGCCAAGUCCACGACUAAUCUUUCCGACGUCGCCAAACAGCAGCACUCCAAGUUGGAAGAAAACAACUUUAAUACUCUGCAGGAUCCACGACUGGUCGUUCCCUCGGGAGUUUCAUCUUCAUCGUCAUCCUCUCAUCAUCCCGACUUGAGCAAUGAAGUGGCCGCCCUCAGUGUGAAGCUGAUCCAAGCGAUCAACAACCAGACUACGUUGGACGAUAACCUAGUUGCCACGCGACAAGAGCUAGAGGCAGCACUGGGCAAAAUUCAGGCUCUGGAGUUUCAGAAUGAGAAAUACCGACGAGACAUUGCUGAGAAAGUUUACGUCAAGAAAGCCGAUGCAGACAUCGAGCUUAUGCGGUUGAGGGGCCUUCUUGCAGAGGAGUGUGCCCAGCGUUCGACUGCCGAAAAGGCGAAGAAGUCGAUUGAACAGGAGCUGGAGACUCUCACUGCUGAUCUUUUUCAGGAAGCCAACAAGAUGGUUGCCGCAGCUAAGAUUGAGCGUGAAGCGGUUGAGAAGAAGAAUGAGCAAUUACGCUCGCAGAUCAAGGACACAGAGUCGCUUCUUGCAUCGCAACAGGAUCAAUUAACAGAACUCAAGUUGGUUAUGCAAGGGAUGCACCUCUCCAGAGAUGACUUGGAUAUUCGCACGAAUGCCUCCACAGCGCCUCCAUCCCCGGCUGGCCCACCACAAUUGUCAGGCUCUUCCAAGCAAGAACUUGAGUUUGACAGCGCUGCUGCGCCCACUUGUAGCCGUGAAGAACUGACUCCCGGGCCAACUUGCAACUUCCCUGACGUGCUCCGUCUGAUUUGCCGAACUGAUCUGCAGGCCUACGACGAUUUCAGAGAGUUGAUGACGCUUCCACGGAGCUCGAAACCACCAAGUCGUGCGGGCAGCGGAUCUUAUGCAGGUCUGAAUGUCAUGAGCUUGGCGGGCUUUGCGACCGGCGGAUCCGCCUCGACCACUUCCUCGCCUACCAAGGGUGUCACCCAUUCCCCGAAUGGGAGCCUCUCUUCGCAGACUGGCUCGCAUAUUCCCCUCAAGGAGACACGUUUCUACAAACGGGUGCUCAUGGAAGAUAUCGAACCGACCUUGCGACUCGAUCUUGCUCCCGGCAUUUCUUGGCUUACCCGUCGUACUGUCUUGAGCAGUAUCUGUGAAGGCACCCUUCUUGUGGAGCCUGUUCCUUCAGCGAGCAAGAAGUAUGAAUUCCCUUGCUCUGUCUGUGGCGAACGCAGACCUGGUGCCGAGAACGAGCGAACUCACCGUUUCCGAACCUCGGAUAGCGAAACCGCCCAACGCUACUCACUGUGCAUCCAGUGUCUGGAACGAGUUCGCUCAUGCUGUGAGUUUACUGGCUACUUGCGCCUGAUCCUUGACGGACACCUUCGCGCUGGAGAUACCGAUGAGGAGAAGGAGAUAUGGGACGAGACCGUCCGUUUACGAGAACGCAUGUUCUGGUCUCGCAUCGCAGGUGGCAUUGUUCCAUUGGUCACUUCGCCCGUUGAGUCUCAUGGCGUCUCUCCUGAGAAUGGGAAUGACCAAUACCUCCAUCCAGCAGAUAAUGCCGUCGUGGAGUCGGAAGUCGUGGAUGUGUCCCAAAGGACGGAGGUCCCUUCUGCAACCCUCGUCCGGGAUCAUGACGUGGCCAAGCCCAUGACACCUGACCUUCCACGCCUCGAUCAGCAGGGUAUCGAUGACUCUGCAGAUGAAGCGCUCCAAAGGCGCAGCUCUGUUGCCUCUGACAUCAGUAUAUAUGAAGAGGCUAAUGCGGACGUCGCAGACGGAAGCGAAGAAGUCGUCACUGAGCACCUACCGGCUACUCAUGAAAAAGAAGACACCGAUGCUAGCUCUGACAGUGGAACUACUGUCAUCGACCCGCACACGCCUACUCAUGAGCACAACGACUCUGAAGUAAAGGCCGGCAUCACUGAACCUGUUGUGCAGCUGCCGACGUCCACUCGUGGACAUGAGAGCACUGAGGUCGAUGUCAACACCGUGGAGACUGUCGCUGAGCAGGUUCUGUCUACGCACGAACCAGAGAAGAGUGGCGUCAGCGAAAGCAGCUCGUAA